AUGAACAACUCUGAUAUUUUAAGACAAUUAUUUACCAGCGAAGUAAAUCGCAUUGAACAAUCCAUUACCUAUGCCGUAGAAAUAAUAGAUUCUAACUUUUUAUACAUUCCCCACGAUUUUUUCAAGAAAUACAAUGUCCGGAGAUUGUCAUUAGUUCACGUGUCUUUAAUUUCUCUCAGCGACACGGACACAGCUUUCGAAGGGCUGGAGAAAAGUUUGAAUUUCUUGCAUAUGCAGGAUGGAAUCCUGUUCAGGGACUUGGAAUGGUACCAACUACGGAAUUUAUCGGAACUGAAAGAUCUUUCAUUAAUCAAUAUUGGAUUAGAGUAUAUUGACAAUGAUAUCAGUUUCAUUUCGAACUUGAAUUUAACGGAAAUAUCACUGCUGAAAAACAAAAUUUCGUUUAUAAGCGAUCGAGCAUUUGCGCCAUUUGUCAAUCUUCAGGCGUUAUCUUUAGGGCACAACAUGAUAUCUGAGCUAAAAAGAAGCAUGCUGCCAAAUCCAGGAAAACAUUUGAAAAAAUUUGACUUAAGGUUUGAGAAAGAUUAUGGUCAGUUGUAA